AUGCCAGACUCCGAUGCUCCCUUCUUGCACUCCACUGACGGAAGAAGACCUUUAAGCUUGAAAGAGUUGAAGGCAUUUAUCGUGAGCGAUCAGGCGAAGCGCUCCGCGAGCGGUUGUCAGGGGACGGUGAUGUUACUAGAGGGGACGCUCACGUGCGACGUGCGACGGCGCGGCUGUCUUCGUGAUCUAUUCUUUUGCAGCAUGGGUUGA